UCCAUCAACAACAGAUAAUCUGUUAGGCCAUAUAUGAACUUCUCUGCUACUCGCUAUCACCGCACAGACAUUGUCCAGUGGACAAUAAGUAAAAAUGGCCACCAUCCUUUCCCACAUGUUGUUGAUGACGAUUCCUGUUAUAGUGAUCGGUCAAAACAAUCCGACCGUUCGUACAAGAAUGGGAGAAGUGCGAGGGAUACUGGAAAACAAUGUGAAUCAAUUUCGAAAUAUACCGUAUGCUAAACCUCCGGUUGGACCAUUGAGAUUUGCCAAAUCAGUUCCAUCUGAUCCUUGGACAACGGUCAGGGAUGGCACUCAAUUCGGACCUUCUUGUCUGCAACCACCAUAUCCCGAGACCGAUAAAUUCUUGCCAAACCUGAAUAAAUCUGAAGACUGUUUGUAUCUCAAUGUGUACGUUCCAGGAAGUGUUGUAGCUGGGUCUAACAAGCCAGUGAUGGUGUGGAUACACGGCGGGGCUUUCCUUGUGGGACAGGCCAUGCUUUAUGACGCGUCCUUCUUAGCAAAAACAGGGGAUGUGAUCGUUGUAACAGUUAAUUACCGUCUAGGUGUAUUUGGGUUUUUAAGCACAAUGGAUUCAAUUUUACCUGGGAAUUACGGUCUUUGGGAUCAACGCCUUGCUUUGCAGUGGGUUAAAACUAACAUAGCGGAGUUCGGAGGGAAUCCAAGUUCCGUGACUCUAUUUGGAGAAUCUGCCGGAUCUAUAAGCGUUUCCUUGCAAUCUAUCAAUCCUAUGAAUAGAGGACUAUUCCAAAGAGUGAUUGCUGAGAGUGGUGUGUCUCUAUCGAACAUCGCCGUCUGGGAUAAUUCUUCAUCAUUUGCACGCGAUGUUGGGGUCAGUCUAAACUGCUCAUCGACCACCGGUAAACUUGAUGAUGCGUACGUACGAUGUAUGCGUUCCAUUCCUGCUGCUAAGCUUUUAAACACCCAAAAUGUUGCACUAUUUAUGCAGUCUGAUAAUUUUGGGCCCGUUCUCCACCCUAUAAUAGGACCAGUGAUUGAUCACACUCUCAUUACUGACAGCCCAUAUAAGUUGCUUAGCAACACUUCGUCGCCUUCUUUUCAGUUCUUUCGGUCGUUAGACUACAUGGCAGGGAAUGUAAACCAGGAAGGUUCGCUUUUUCUCGAAAGGCUAGCUAAAAUUGGUAAAUCUAAGAACUUCGACUUUAAGACAGGUGUUCCAACAAGCGUUUUCUGUAACUACCUGGUGCCCAUAUUUACUGCUACAUUUGAGGCAGUGUCGAGCCGUACAAUAUCCCCAGCUAGCGCCUGUUCAACAUACGGUAGGUCCGAUGUAGCUGCGCAAGCCAGCAGUGUACUGGAUUGUUUUGCCGAUGUCAACUUCGUAGUUCCAGCCAUAGAAUCUCUGGGUAUACACUCAGCGGGAAACAUCCUUACCUCCACCUAUCAGUAUAUGUUCAAUAGACCAAGCAUCGACACGCCUUCCUUACAAUCUCUUCCUCAUUGGUUUGUCGGAGCGCCGCACGCUUCAGAAGUGUUUUUCUUGUUUGGCGCACAGGAGUUGAAGAGUAAAUUCAACAUCACUGUUUCCGCAGCAGACAUGGCCCUAUCACAGCGGAUGAUGACACACUGGACCAACUUUGCGAAAAUUGGGAAUCCGAACAUGAACAACAACCCGAUGUGGAUUCCGUAUGACAUCAGUCAGAGAUUCUAUAUGGAUUUCAACUCGAACGUGACGUUAAAAUCACACCUGUAUAAGGCCCGCGUGUCACUGUGGCUUGGCGACCAGUCUGAUCUAUUGUCGGCCUUACAGUCCGUUAUCGUAGGGAGGGGAACGGAAUAGGCGUCGC